ACCAGCCGCACCCCCUCCUCUUCAUUUCCCCAGCCACCUCUUCACCACUGGGACGUCCAGAGUUCUUCAGCCAUGGUCUGGGUGCUGAGGGUGGUCCUCCUCACCCAGGCGCUGGCUAUGGCAGUGGCAGAAGUUGAGCAGCCCCAGGAGGCACUGUCCUCUGUGGGGUUUCAGGACUGCAAGAAGGCCCUGAAGCUCCCAAGCCUGGAAGUCCUCCCCGGGGGGGGCUGGGACAACCUCAGGAAUUUAGAUAUGGGCAGAGUCAUAGAUCUGAGCUACUCGCUGUGUAAGACCACUGAAGAUGGGUCCUACAUCAUCCCAGAUGACAUCUUCACCAUUCCUCGCAAGCAGAGCAACCUGGACAUCAACUCUGAGAUCAUUGAGUCCUGGAAGGAUUACAAAAGCGUCACCUCUGCCUCCAUCAACCUGGAGCUGUCCCUCUUCUCUGCAAUCAAUGGCAAGUUCUCUUAUGACUUCCACCAGGCCAAGACCCACCAAGUGCAGGACAAGGCGGUCACCACUCGCGUACAGGUCAGGAACCUGGUUUACACUGCCAAGAUUGACCCAGGAGCAAGCCUGGACAAGGGCUUCAAGAAGCAGCUGUUGACCAUUGCCAGCCACCUGGAGAACAACCAGACUCGGAUGGCUGAUUUUCUGUCUGAGGUGCUGGUGCUCAACUAUGGCACCCACACCAUCACAUCUGUGGAUGCUGGAGCCAGCUUGGUCCAGGAGGAUCAGAUCAAGGCCACCUUCCUGAAGGACAGCUGGGCCACGCGGAGCUCCAUCACUGCCUCAGCCGCUGUGGCCUUCCACAGCAUAAUCAAUGUGAAAACUGAGGAAUCUCAAGGCACCAGUUCUGCCUUCACCAAGCAGUACCUAGAGAACCGCACCAACUCCAGAGUAGAGAGCAUCGGCGGGACCCCCUUUUACCCAGGCAUCACCCUUAAGACCUGGCAGGAGGGAAUUAGCAACCAGCUGGUGGCCAUCGACCGCUCGGGGCUGCCUCUGUACUUCUUCAUCAGCCCCAGCACCCUGCCAGAGCUGCCCAGCCCCACGGUGAAGAAGCUGGCCAAGCGGGUGGAGAUGGCCAUCCGCCGCUACUACACCUUCAACACCUACCCUGGCUGCACCGAUGCCACCUCACCCAACUUCAACUUCCACGCCAACGCUGACGAUGGCUCCUGCGUGGGGACCAUGACCAAUUUCACCUUCGGGGGAGUCUUCCAGGAGUGCACUGGGCUGGCCGGCCCCGACACCAAUGAACUGUGCCGGGCGCUGGAGCAGAAAAACCCCCUCACCGGGGCUUUCUCCUGUCCCACCUCGUACAGCCCCGUGCUGCUGGGCAUGCAGGAGCGGGAGGAAGGCCACAGCCACCUGGAGUGCCAGAACAAGUGCACCCUGGGCAUCUUCUGUCACCGUGUCUGCAGGGAUGUCUUCUGGCUCUCCCGGGUGCAAUUCAGAGCUUAUUGGUGUGUCGCAAGUGGCCCAGUGCCCCCAGACUCGGGUUACCUCUUCGGGGGGCUGUUCAGCAGCCGCAGCGUCAACCCCCUCACGGGUGCCCAGUCCUGCCCCUCACGGUACUUCUUGCUGAAGCUCUUUGAUGACCUCAGAUUGUGUGUGAGCCAGGAUUACGAGGGAGGCAGCCAGUACGCGGUGCCCUUCGGGGGCUUCUUCAGCUGCCAGGCAGGGAACCCCUUAGGGGGUCAGCACCAGGGUACCGCCGAGGACCCUUACGCCAAGCGCUGCCCCACAGGCUUCAGCCAGCACUUAGCACUGAUCAGCGACAGCUGCCAGGUGGAGUACUGUGUCCAGGCUGGCGUCUUCACAGCAGGCUCGCUGCCGCCGGCGCGCCUACCACCCUUCACCCGACCCCCUGCCAACCUGCCAGCCAUCGACACCGUGCUGGUGAGCAACGGGGAUGGGGAGAGCGCCUGGGUGCGGGAUGGGACAGGCCGUGCGUGGCGGCUGGCACAGCCCAUUGAGAUCCAGCAGGCAGCAGAGAUGGUGAGGGGCCGGGCGCUGACGGGGGGUGAGGUGGCUGGCGUGGCUGCAGCAGUGCUGGUGGGGCUUGUCACCAUCCUGGCAAUGGUCUGCUACGGUCGCUGGAGGUACAGGAGAAGGGGGUACCUGGCUAUGAGUGACAGGGACACGCCUGUGCAGAGGCCAGGGGACAGCACCGCAGUGAACAUGGGUGAGGGGCACCAGCAAGAGUCAGCAGGCCUCGUGGAAUAAGUAUUGCUCAGCUGCUUGUGCUCCUAACCUAGGUGAAGCCCCUGGCCCACUCCUUUCCCUGAGGCACAGCUGUGCAGUGCCAGCAGCCCCUGCACCUCACCCCAUUCCCACGACAGGUUCACCUCUCUGCAGCUCCAGCUACCCUGCAGGGCUCCACCACCCUUCAUCCUUCUCUAGGCCCCCUGGUUGACCUCCAAGGCCACCAUCUGAGGCCAUCCCACCAGCAGGACCCACCACAUCUCUCUGCCAGCCCCUGCUCUUCCCCAACCAGCUUUGCUGCUUGAGAGUCAUACCCCAUUACAGGCUGUGCCCACUCUCUCCUCCUCCCCAUUCCCAGAAAAGGGGAUCCAGUGCUCUUCAAAAAGCUACUGAGGUUGUUGGGGUACCCAAGAGAACCUCGAAGAGCAAGGGGAAGCCAAACAAACCCCUCCUUCCUGACUCACCAGAUAGACUCAAUUCCAUCGCAGAGAUACACAGCCUGUAAAAGCAUUGGCUCAGGGACCAACUCCUUGGAGAACACCCUACUCCUCCCCAAGUCCCCCACCUACUGCACACACCCAGCACCCAUUUCCACCCGCAGGAACAGGAGGGCGACCCACGCCUUCAUGUAUAUCUAUCGUGAUAGAUAUACACACACAUGCAGAGAGGCACGGAUCACUUUUAUUUCAGCCAGCAAAUAAUUGCAUAGGCAACACAGCAUUAAAAAAUAAUAAUAAAAAAAAAGGAAUGUUGUUAAAAAGCUGUGUCACAUUAGUCAUCAACCUGGCACCCUGGAGGUGGGGACCCUCUCCCUCCCCCAGAUCACGUGAGGGUUUUGCAUAGCUCCAGCUCAGGUUUUUCUGCAGCAAGGCAGCCUCAGGUGCAGCCAUGCAGAAACCACGAUGCUGUUCCCCUGCUGCAGAGCUGCCCAGAUGGGGAUUUCCUAGGGACAGAGGGUUUUUCCCUUGAGGUAGAAGAUGACAGCCCAUGCUAAGGAAGGGAAGGAUGGGGGGAGGAAUGAGGUGCCUGGCCCUCCCUGUGGGUGCCCACUCCCUCGCCUGAUGACACAGACGACGGACAGAAGACAACAGAGAGGCCAGGCCACAUAGGGACAGUGAGCACUCCUCCACCAUCCGCUUUAUUGAUGCCCUGGGGUGCAGCCAGCUGGCAGCGAUGGACCCCACGGACAGGGGAGAGGAGAAACAGCAACGACGACAGAAUGAUGCACAUCAGGACGGAUCCCUCCCACACCACCGUCCCCCAGGACGGAGGGUGAACCAACCCCAAAGGAAAACCGGAAAGGGACUAAACAAAAGGGGCUACGAGGACCCAACCCCACAAGGAGCAAUGAGGGGGGGACAGGGGGCAGUUUUGGCAGGGCCCCCGCCCUACUCACCAAGUCGGGGUGUCUCAUAGGAUGGGAUCAGGAGGAGGGCAUAGAACAGCCUGUGGGGAGGGUGCCCCCCCCAGCAUCCCCCUGGAGCCACAGGGCCCACUGUUCCCACCCCAUGUGGCUCCAAGAGGCCCUGCAAAGUCCCUGGGUCUGGUGGGGGCCACCAGAUUCCAUGCAAACCCCCUCCCCUCCCCUUCCCCCAGCCA